CCAGCCAGCCCAGUCGUUGUCUGCAAGCAAACUGCAACUGGUGGUAACGUUGUGAGUUGUGAGAAUUUAGAGCUGAGCGUGUGCGUUAUGUGUGUGGGGGAGGAGUUCUGAGAACACGGAUGAGUAUCUUUUGUCUGACGUUGAAAGUUUCAGAGUGUUACUGUAAUGUCUACUGAUCGGUUGCCAAUGUGAAAGAUAUGCCUGGCUGGAGACCUAACUGCCUUAGAGGCUCCAUCUAUAAAGAUGUCCCCCCGCCUGACCUAGGAGAUGGCGAGAACCCGUACCCAGGACAAGACAUCUGUGAGACCAAGAAAGGCUCCCUGGUGGUCCAGCUACAGAAGAAAGAAGGAUGUGGUCUGGGGCUGACUUUUGCAGGUGGAGUGGACAAAGGUCAACGGCCCUAUGUCUCCAACCUGCGACCUGGCAGCAUCGCUCACAGGUGUGAUGCCCUGCUGGUGGGCGACCUGAUUGUGUCUGUCAACGGGAUCCGCGUGGCCGGCCUGAGCCAUGACGAGAUCAUCAAAGUGCUCAAGAACACCGGGCCUGACGUCAGCCUGGAGGUGGAGUACGAGAUGCCAGACCCAGGUCUUCAGGGUGGCCCGGUACAGACCAAGUGCCAGGACGUGGUCCUUGACCGGGAGCUCAACAGUUUUGGUCUGACCCUGCGGGGUGGAAUGUUGGUGGAGAGGAUGAGGCCACACCCACUGACCGUUGUCGCGAUACGACCCGGAGGCCCUGCUCACAGACAGGGGAGUAUUCAGAUAGGCGACCAGGUGCUGGCCAUCAAUGGCUACAAGGUGAACCACCUGAGUGUGAGCGAGACCCUGGGCAUGCUGUCACAGUGUCAGCACACGGCCACGCUCACCGUCUCUUACACCGUCGCCACCAUGGAUAUCCUGUCUCAGUCUGAGCCCCCGGUGCUGAUAGAAGUGGACCGACCUUCAGGGGUUGACCUUGGCCUGUCUCUGUGUCCCGGCGUGUACGAGGGCAAACAGGGCAUGUGUGUGGAGUACAUAGAGCCCAUGGGCAUCGCUGACAGGUGUGGAGCCAUGCAGAUGGGCGACCUGAUCCUGUCGAUCGACGGGGCGGCGGUGGAUGUGAUGUCGGUGGCCGAGGCCGGGCAGCUGCUCAAGUCAGGGGGAGAGAACCACGUACGGCUGGAGCUGGUGCCGGUCACACACCUGGAGAACUGUGCCAACCGACAGUCUCUGUACCACAACAGUUCUUCCCUGGCUCCCUCGUUCUCCUCCCACACUCUGCCUUCGCUGGGCCCGGCCGGCGGGAAACUGACCGGUGGGAUGUCCAGUCUGUGGGACACGUCCUCUGUGGGGGCCACGCCCUUCGGCACUCUCAACAUGCGCAAGAGGAACACGUUCAGCCGGGGCCCGGACCGCCGGGCCAUUUCUUGUAUGUCCAUCGCGUCGUCGAGCACGUCUGUGCUGAGCGCCACUAACCAAGUGUGUCGCACCGAGGCCACAGAGGUGAUGCUGAGCCCUGAGCACAGGUCGGUCGGCCUGACCCUCAAGGCCGGUGGGCUGGGCGAGCCGCCGCUGGUCACCUAUAUAGAGCCACGCAGUGCCGCUGAUAGGUCAUCUGUGACCCCCAGCUCGGGCACGUACGUCGUCAAGUUGGCCAAGAGAAGCGGAGUCGCUGGGAUCAAAGUGAGGGAUGAGGACAACGAAGGCUGCGUGGUGUACACGGUGGAACUGCACAGACACGGGGGCCCGCUCGGCAUCACCAUCUCCGGCACCGACGACCCCCAGGACCCCAUCGUUAUCUCCGAGCUCACUCCGCACGGGCUCGCCGAGAGAAACGGGGAAACUCUGCCCCCUGCGUAUAGCUCGUUGUCUGCCCUGAAGCCGUCAACCCCAAUUGCCAGUGUGGACAGUGCCAUGGAGUCGUGGCCGGGCUCUGGCCAACACCUGGAGGAGGACACGGGUCAUGUGAUGGUCCUGGCCGUGCCUCAGAACGCGGAGGGCAAACGGAAGUGGGCCAACGGUGGCUACGACCACAGAGCGGAAAACUUGCCGCAGUCGCAGAACUUGAAGGAAUGGGAGACCAAUUCUGUACAAAGUGUGUUGUCUAGUGUCCCGGGGCAGCAGACAGAGGAGGAGGAGGAGGAGGAGUCUGGCAGCGGCCUGGAGGACAGUGACGGAGGCAGCAGCCACAUGGAGGAGUGGGUCAAGACGCUGGAGAAGCUGGACAUGGGCUCGGGCUCGGAGAUGUUGAAACAGAUCGGCCUCAGCCUCAGGCAGAGGAGCGUGCUCAGUCUGGAGCGCUCGGUCCCAACGGCUGACCGGCCCUCCCUCCUCGACCUGCCCUCCUCCACCGUGCAGGGGUCAAGGUCGUCUAAGCCGGCCGUCUCCCCUAAGAGGUCGCGGAGUGCGUGCCGCGUUAAUGAAACCCCUGACCCCACGAGGAGAGAGAACAGCAGCGCUGGUCGUAAUCAUCGCUUGUCUCUCGUGGGAAACAACAACAGCAACAAUAACAACAACAACAGCAUCAGCAACAAAUCUCGUGGCCGUGGCGGUGUUGCCGCAGCGUCCCCCGUGAACAAGACCAAGACAACGGAGGCUGGCUGCGGCACUGUGGUGCCCAUGAUACAAGACUCGGGCUCUCGGCUCACCUUGGUCGUGUGUCGCAACCCUCUCCUCCGGCUGACGCACAACAUGAGGGAGGAGAUGGUGGGAGGAGGAGGGGAGGAGUGAGGAAGAGAGACAGUGUGUGUGGGUGGGUGGUUGAUGGGUGCUCCGCUGUGGUUUACUUCCUCCUUAUCAAACAUACAUUUUGGUUGUGCACACAAACACACAAACAAGCUCAUCCAUGUGGGUGGCUGUCAGGUGCUCUGCUGUGCUUUGCUUCUUCUUUCCUAUCAAACAUCUAUCAUCCUUAUCUCUACUCCUUCUUUUUUGUGUUUGU